AACCAGCUGUGUAUAGUACUUUUUGCAUCCCUGCGCUCUCGUUGGCUGCAUCCUCUGUCAAUAACAAUGAGCUCGUUUCAGCAAUGGUGCUUUCACUCGUAACAGCUGUACGUUUCGUCAGUGCUGGUGUUUAGUGAUUUAAGGUAUCACAAACAGAGGACUGGCGAAUUAUUCCAAACAUGUACGGUUUUGUGAACCAUGCACUAGAACUUCUGGUGCUGAGAAAUUAUGGUCCAGAUGUGUGGGAGGACAUCAAGAGAGAGGCUCAGGUUGAUGUAGAAGGACAGUUUUUGGUCAGAAUUAUCUAUGAAGAUGCCAAAACAUAUGACCUUGUGGCUGCUGCAAGCAAAGUACUAAAAAUAGAUGCCGGAGGCAUCUUGCAAAUGUUCGGGAAAAUGUUUUUUGAGUUCUGUCAGGAAUCUGGCUAUGACACUAUCCUUCGAGUGUUGGGCUCCAAUGUCCGUGAAUUCUUACAAAAUCUGGACGCAUUGCAUGACCAUCUGGGCACUAUCUACCCCGGCAUGCGCGCACCCUCCUUCCGCUGCACGGAUGCAGAGAAAGGGAACAACCUAAUUUUACACUAUUACUCUGAGAGAGAAGGUCUUCAGGACAUCGUCAUAGGGAUCAUCAAGACAGUUGCACAGCAGAUUCAUGGAACUGAGAUUGAGAUGAAGGUGCUGUUCCUGUGCAUUGAUGGUCUCCUUUAUAGAUGUUGCUUUGUUCCUUUAAUUGUCUUUAGCCUGGCAGAUUCAGAUGCAAAUG